GCGGCCUCCGCGUCCUUCGCGUCGGAUCCCGAGCCCGCCGAGCGCCCUCCCCGGCUCACCGCGGCGGGUGUGCGGCCGCCUGACUCCGGCCCUCCGCGCCCCUCUUCCCCACCCUCCCCACCCCUCUCUCCCCGCUCUCUCCAUUCCGAUCGCUUGCCCUCCGCACACCCUUCCCGCUGUCGGCGUCCGGAUCCUCGGACCCUCAUCUUUGAACCUCUGCACCCCUCAUCUCCCCGCCCCUGGCUCUUCCCCGCCGCGGUACCCGGUGCCCGGGUCUUCGGCGGUUUGCCCUGCCCCCUCCCCCACGCCGCGGCUCUCAACCCUUUGUCCCGGGUGUACCUUCCUUCUUGCCCCGCACCACCCUUGCCUCCGCCUCCCCCCUGCUCCCGGCACCCGGGUCCUCCGCGCCCACAUCCACCCCCACCUCCGCCCAGCCUCUCCGUGCUCUGGGUCUCGGCGGGUGCCCGGGCCCCCGGGCCCCCGCGCGGGUUUGGGUGACCCCGCGGCCGCCAGGCUCUGGCUCCGCCCGCGCCGCCACCUCGCGCAGGUCGCGUCUCCGCUCUGGGCCUGGCCGGGCGUCUGGCUGGGCUCCUUCCGCUGUCACAGUGGGUGCAGUUCUGGAAGCCCCCGAAGGCGCAGCCGGCCUCGGGUCUUAAGUCCAAGCGAGGUACCGAGAGGCAGUGGGGUGCGGAGCGGGGACGGAGGGGCUGGGCUGCGCGGCCUAGGGGGCGCGCCCUGCAGAGCCGGUCUGCGCUUAGCCUGCCCACACUUAGUCUGCACGCAGGGUCUGAGCGGCGCGGGGUCUCGCCGGUACCCCACUUUUAAGUGGGAUACUCAGCUGUGAGCCUGGACUCGUGUCAGCCUUGCCUAAAGCGUGAACAUAGAUGGGUGCCCUUUAAGUCGGGGGCAGGCAGCCUAGGCCAAGGAUCUCUGGAAGAGGAUGGUGACCCCCUGGCGCUUCUCCGUCAGGGUCUGCUUGUCGCAUCUAAGGGGUUUUGAGCUCAGAAAAGAACUCGGGCUUUUAAGAUCAUCUGGGUGCUCUCGUAAUGCCAGACUCUGUUGGCUUCUGCUCGGUACUUUACCCAAACUUAUCUCAACCUAUGGGGACACUGGUGAGGGGGCCCCUGAGAGCGCAUGCCAGCGAAGAGCCAGCUGGAGUGACCUAGCUGAAAAUGGACCACUGGAGAGAGUCUCCCAAGAGGGGCAGCUCGGAGGCCUCUUUCUGCACCUCCGCAUCUGGCUCCGGGCUGGGGCUCUGUUGAUGAAAUUCUUCCCUCUCCUUCUCUUCUAUCCCCUCACCUACCUGGCUCCCAGCGUCUCCAGCCUCUGGCUCUACCUGCUUCUGAAAGCCACGGAGACCUCAGGCCCAACCUACAUCAAACUGGGCCAAUGGGCCAGCACCCGGCGUGAUCUCUUCUCAGAGGCUUUCUGUGCCCAGUUCUCCAAGCUGCAUGUCCGGGUGACGCCCCACCCUUGGACUCACACAGAACACUUCCUGCGGCAGGCGUUUGGGGAAGACUGGGGCAAGGUCCUCUGCUUUGAGAAGAAGGAACCUGUGGGCUCAGGCUGUGUGGCCCAAGUGUACAAAGCACGUGCCAAUCCUGCCUUCCUGGAGAAUGACAGUGUCCGGAGACUUGCUAAGGCCUCCCGCCUGCAGCCUUCUUUGGAAGCUGGGGCAGUCGGGAGCCUGGGAGAUCUCUUUGGACCCCCAGAGAAGGGGUGGGGGUUUCAAGGAAGUCUUGCCGACCAGUCCUUUCUAGAAAGGCUGCUCCUCCCUGAAGCCGACCUGGUUGGAUCAAAUGCAGUCGUGUCUCAGUCUUUAGCGCGUGCCCACCGACCUGAGCCAGAUCACCUCAUCCCCGUGGCCGUGAAAGUGCUGCACCCAGGCUUGCUGGCGCAAGUACAGAUGGACCUUCUGCUGAUGAAGAUGGGCAGCCGCGUCCUGGCGCUUUUGCCGGGAGUCAAGUGGCUUAGCUUGCCCGAGAUCGUGGAGGAAUUUGAGAAGCUCAUGGUCCAUCAGAUCGACCUGCGUUACGAAGCUCGGAAUCUAGAACACUUCCAGUGCAACUUCCUGAAUGUGAAUUCUGUCAAAUUCCCCACCCCCCUGCGUCCCUUUGUCACCAGGGAUGUCUUGGUGGAGACUUACGAAGAGAGCGUGCCUGUGUCCAGCUACCAGCAGGCGGGGAUCCCCACUGACUUGAAGAAGAAGAUCGCCCGGCUGGGGAUCAACAUGCUGCUGAAGAUGAUAUUUGUGGACAACUUUGUCCAUGCAGACCUCCACCCGGGGAACAUCCUGGUCCAGGGCGCUGACGGUCUUUCCAAGAGUCGAGAGGCACCGCUACAGCAGAUGGAUGUCUGCAACACGCUGGUGGUGGCCAUGACCCCCGCCCGCUGCCCGCUGCGCCUGGUGCUGCUGGAUGCUGGCAUCGUGGCGGAGCUGCAGGCUGCGGACCUGAGCAACUUCCGGGCCGUUUUCAUGGCUGUGGCGAUGGGGCAGGGCCAGAGAGUGGCCGAGCUCAUCCUGCAUCACGCCCGGGCCAGCGAGUGCAGGGACGUGGAGGCGUUCAAGGCUGAGAUGGCCACACUGGUGACCCAGGCCAGGAAGAACACCAUCACCCUGGAAAAGCUUCAAGUUUCCAGCCUUCUGUCCAAUGUCUUUAAGUUACUGAUGACUCACAAGGUAAAGCUUGAGAGCAACUUUGCCUCCAUUGUAUUUGCCAUCAUGGUGUUGGAGGGCCUUGGCCGCUCACUGGACCCCAAACUGGACAUCCUGGAGGCAGCAAAGCCCUUCCUUCUGAAAGGACCAGCGUUCCCCCGCUGACCGCAGCAGUGGGCAUGCAGUGGGCAUGCAGUGGGCCUUCGUCUCAGGACUAAAGGCCACUUCCGACAGCCUCCUAUGGCAGCCUGAAUAUUCUAAAAUUGGGAUGCAUGGAAGGCAUACCACAUUUUUUACCCUGACUUGGUUUCAGGCAUCUGUUUUAAAAGCUUUGGGUUACUUAGGGGAAGUAAAGGGAGGGAAGCCUCCUAGCCAUUCAGUCAUGGAUGCUGGGCCUGGUGUUGGGGAUAAUAAUGUUCUGUGGAGGAGGACAAAUAAACUGAGUUAUUUUGUUUUCUUG